GUCUCAGCGCACCAUGAUCCAAUUCCAUCCACCCAAAUUAAUUUCCCCCUUCCCCUCCUCCUCCUUCCCUCCCCUCCACUGCUUGUGCACUCUCUCCCCUCCUUCCUCCUCCCCCUCCCCUCCUUCCAUAAAAAUCCCACCGCUGACGGCAUGACCCCCUAGCCCGCAAUCUGAUCGUCGCCCUACUACGACGUUACCGUUGCUACUUCUGAUUGCUAAACUUUGGUUUUGGUGCUGUUUGCUUGUUGCACGGGAGUACUCAACUACCCUUGGGCCGCCUUGAAAUACAUUUCCCACACAUUCUACCUUCUACCUAUUCUUCUCUGCAUCUCGACGACCUCUGUUUGCUCCCAAUUUCCCACACCCGAUCCCUUGGGAACGACUGUAUUCUCAAUCCUGUAUUCCAAUCAAUCGCGCUAGCACCCUCAACCAAGCUCUCCCGAGUCAAUCGCGGCGCGGCGCCCGCCCGUUAUCUCCAUCGAAAUCUACCUCUCCGGUUUCUUGACCCCCGUCGCAACCCGCCUGUGUUCGAAAAACUUCUGUCGCGUCGAAAUAACUAACCGUCCUCUACGAGCAAUUAUCAUUACAAUUACAAAUAUACUUUGCUCCGUUACCCCGCACAAUCAGUUGUUGGAAGCCCUGGUACGGCCGCGUCCUUGUCGAGCGCGCUUCGACUUGCCUUCGGGGAACAAAUACCGUGUGGACAUCACUACAACCUCGCGGCUGUAACCUCGCGGCUAAGCGCAGACAUAUCAAAUUUCUUCCGGAUCAGUCCGCAGCUUCGCCGUAAAGCCUCGAAUCAAUCUACACUGCACUGCGGCAUCGGGCCGUCAUUCGAGUCACCGGCCGCCAUAUCAUUGAGAAACCUUGCAGCGCCUCAUCUGUGUGCUUUGUUCUUGCAACGCUCGACGCCUUGCCUUACUUUCGUUGCAUAUCUGACAGUGAUCAUACAUUUACCACCGGUUUAGAAGUCUCGCUGUGCUGUCACUCGUUAUAAUCACCCCGCAUUCAUCCAAACUCGAUCCCGUCGGCGCUCAUCUACGUACACACUGCCAUCUGCUUCUUCAAUUUCCCACUACAUCGAGGCGCAUACCACACGAAUUUGAUACUCUCUCCAACGAACUAGACGUUCAUGCGGGACUAUACAGUCCUAUCUAUCCCGUUUGAAGUGGCCGAGAAGUCAAUGAUCAGAGCUAUCAACUGCAACUUCUAGAGUACGAUAUCCGCGGAUACUAGAGGAGCUUGGAUUAACGCUCGAACGCGCGCCAAGCCAGACCUACCGGUCCCCCAAGUCCAGUUCGGCCAGUCCACACGUAGGACGACCUAUACCAUCUUCCUGGAUGCAGAGCGUGGAGAUGACCGGGGCGAAGCCGGGGCGACAUCAACGACGACCAGCGCCCGGAGCCGACCAUGUGAAGCAUAGGAGGACGAGAUCAGGAUGCUUUACCUGUAGGAAUAGACGUGUAAAAUGCGACGAAGGCCGCCCCACAUGCGAGAGAUGUAAGAAAGGCUCGAGAGAAUGUUCGUAUCCGGAAACAACACCAUCAAAGUCUGGCGGCGCCGGCAGCUCAAAGUCUGGCCACUCAAGUCUAACCCCGCCAUCUGACGAAUAUGAUGACGAGGUUGAUGUAGACCGCCUCGAGUCCAUCCCGGACGAAGACGAGGACCCAUUUGAUACAAAUCAAGGCAUGAACUCACUCGCUAAUUCAACCCAUACAUUACAACAACAAAAUCAAAGCCGUUUAAGCUCAGAGACGCCAUCUCUGGUCCAAGAUAAAGGCAGUUCGCCCUCCCCGUCCACUGAAGGAUCCAUAGGAUAUAAUGCUCACCUACAUAAAGCUGAUCAGAGGCUGGCAAAGCCUUCUCGUCUCCCCCCAGUCACUGAUGGAGGCAAGCCUGACUGGUCGGGACUGCCCCGCGAUCUACAGUUCUAUCUCGAAUAUUUCGUCGCGAAUGUCACGCAUCACCACUAUUAUUUCAAGAAGGAUGCAGGGAAUUUCUUUCACACGACAUUUUUAGAAGCAGCACUACAGAAUAAGUCGCUGUUGUAUGCUGUUGUUGGAUUUUCCGCGUUUCAGCGCACGCUCCACAAUCCAGAAGGAAAGAUACAGGACUUCCUACAAUAUUACAACAAAUCUGUUCAGCUUCUAUUGAAGUCACUGAGGAGAGGCGAAGGGAGAAAUGUUGAUACGAUGUAUUCCAUUUUGCAACUCGCCACCAUAGAAGAAUAUCUAGGAGACUGGGUUAAUCUUCUGAGCCACCAAAAAGCAGCAUAUUCUAUUUUGACCAGCCUCUUGACGCCUCAAACCGCCAUGGAGACGGACCUCAACCGGGUGCUGCUGGGCUGGUAUGCCCGAUUCGACAUUUUCGCGGGCCUUAUAGGCGGCUUCAAAACCGUGCUUUCCCAAGAAUGGUUUGAUGUCAAGCUGCAAUUCUACACCCACAAAGUGCAGACUGAGCCAGACAAUAUUCUAUGGAAAAUCGAUGAGACGUCUUCAAAAAUCAACAUCAUAGCUAUGGAGAUGUCGGUCCUGUUUGCGAAAAUAAGCAAAGGCGAGAUCAGCAUUGAGCAAUUCAAUUUUGAGAACGAGGCGAUCGCAAAAAAGAUCCGGGAGUUCAUACCCAGCAUGGAUCCGGCGCUUCACGAUUCGAGAUACAAAGUCACAGAUUUCACUGGUGCACGACCCCUGGACCCAGAAGAUAUUGUGAACCCCUACGAACCAGGACUUAUCCAGGAGGGCGUCCUCUGGCCCAUCAACAUUUGCAAGCUCGAUAUAUAUGCGCUGGACCUGAUGCGACUGGUACAAACCGCCCAAAUUCUCCAAAUCCAGACGAAGGACGAGGAGGUAGCUAUUCCCGCAUUCCAAAUCUGCCAGAUGUUCGAAGCCGUAGAAUACUGGCCACGAAGCCCCAAGGGUGCCAUCCUGUCGUGCCUGGCUAGUCUAGGGAUCGCAGCCAUCGCACUUCCCCGCGACCAACGCCACAUGAACUGGCUGCGGAGGAAAUUCACGGUGGUGGAAUCGAAUGGAUACAUCUAUCCCGUUACCUUCCGCGAGCGCAUUUCUGAGCUAUUCCAGGACCCGACAUGCAUGGAAUGGUGGCUCCCGAAUGGCGAGAACUACCCACCUACUAUCCGCUCGAUCCGUAGCUUCGUCGAGGAGCGCACGUCAACGCCGCGGGACGAGGUGACGGAAGAUCUGCGUGAUAUGAAGGUCCUUUUUGGCUCUCUCAACCUCGAAGAUGACAAGUCGAAUAAAUCAACGCCUUCGGACUUGACUCUGGUAGACAGCAACAACAGUCCAGAGUGGAUACAGCCUAAUUAUAUCAGUGCGUAUACAACAGGGACAGAGCAUCACAACGCACCGUCCCAUUCUCACCAGCAAUGGUUUGGCCCCGAAGGAUUCCUGAUGCAAGAUCCCAACGAAUACAGGCCAUCAUAAGCCUCUGGGGCAAUCUGGACAGCAGGUGGGAUACAUCAGAGUGCUGAUCCUGGAAGAUUUUUAUUCCGCAGUGUGCCAGAUUUAGCAUUCAGCCCUUAUCUCAAGGGAGAGAGCCACAUGGGUAUAUGUUCCAAUUGGAAGCGGUUGCAGUUUCGGUUACGAUGGACGUGUAGUAUUGGCUAAGAUGCAGCGGCAACAAGAUGCGAAGACUCUUGGAAAUAGCGGAGCCAAGACAGACGGUAAUAUCGACGAUAACGACUGAUAAAAUAGUCUGGACAACCGUGACAACGGACGGUUACAAUCGUUGCAGGUUGGCUGUAAUAAUACUGGGGCGAUGAGAAAACUGCCAUAUAGGCUACGACGGAUGGGUAAAAUUUAAGGAUAUAUAUAUAUUGGGACCGCAGGGUCAUUUUGGGCCCAGGAAUACCAGAGAGCGGAUUUCCAAAGGACGCGAAAAGGGGUUCGGGGGGGAAAAGUACAUGACACUUUCCAAGGGUUGAGGAUUUGUGUGCGAAAACUGGAAAGUUGCUUGAGUUUUGGAAAGUAUGCGUAACGCUCUUGGCGAGCGUGCAUUGGUUAUGAUUAUAAAGAGCGGAUGCCACCAUAGUUGCUGGCGCCAGAACAGAGCGCUUGAGUCUUAAGUCACCCACUCUCGCCUUACUCCUGAAUUUAAGACGAGGGAAGAUACUCAUUGAACCACUUGA